CGAAGUUUUCAAAAAAAGAAUGCGUGUUCGAUGUAAUCUAUGGGGUGAAAAAAUGACCGACUGAACAUUUGAACUCCUUUCUUAUACUUCAGGAUACUAAACCAAUGUUAGAAUACAGAAGUAACCAUGGCAACUAAAUUGAUAAAGAAUUGUUUAACGAUAUUGAUAUCCUUUUCAUUUUGUGGAAUCAUAUACUAUUUGUUUAAAACUUCUGCCAAAGAAAGAUAUCAAAAAUCAAGUCUUCGCAUGAUCUUGUUGAAUAGCGACUUGGGUGUAAAGGGAUAUGGUGAUAAAAAUGUAUCAAUGGAGUACACAACUGAAGCUACUUUCACUCAUCCCAAACAUGAACCGAGAAGCAGGAAAUAUCGACAAUUAAAUCUUGGCAUGAUUAUGUUGAAUAGCAGCUUGGAUCUGAAGGAAGAUGGCGAUGUAAAUAUAUCACUGGAAUACUCCACUGAAGCUAUUUUCACUCAUCCUAUGUCUACAUUCAAACAAUUUGGUCUCGAACAGAUAGACUUUUUAAAGAGAAUGGAAUCAAAACGACCGUUGUUUAAUAUUACGAUGGAACCUUGGAAAAUUUUGCAAACAAAACAUAGAAUGGAUUCAACAGAUUGUCGAUGGCCAAUGAUUAUUGCAGUAAAAACAGCAUACUAUAGGGUUGAACAAAGACAACGUGUCAGGAAAACAUGGGGUUUCAACAAAUUCUUCAAUGGAGUUUGUUUAGAUGUUGUUUUUGUUGUUGCAAGCACAUCAACCGCAGAAUCGAAUGUUAAGUUAGGAAAAGAAGAAUCGGAGCAUGGCGAUAUUUUACAGAUUGAAUUGGAAGAAACCUAUCGAAACAUUGGAUUAAAAGCCCUGGCUUCGAUGCAAUGGGUGGCGGAUAAUUUUCCAAGCAACUGGAUAUAUUCAUCUGGAGAUGAUGACAUGUUACCAGAUUUCCCUUGUUUAUUCAAAAAUAUAGAAAAAUCAAUACCCGAAGAAGGGAAAUUUUCAACAAAUUCCAGCAAUUCUAUCUUGAAUCAUCGAUUAAACACGAAAAAUUUCCCAAUAUUUUGCGGACAUGGAUAUAGACCUACAUCAAAACCACAUCGAUUUGAGAGUAAAUGGCAUGUCAGCGUAGAAAAAUACCCCUAUGACUAUUAUCCGCCGUUUUGUUUGGGCGGAUUUUAUUCAAUGUCAGUAAAGCACGCCAGCGCAAUUUACUCUGUUUCAAGAUGGUACCCCUAUUUUGAUUUGGAUGAUGUUUGGAUAACAGGAUUUAUGAGACUACGUUUGUGUGAUGUGAUGACGGAUCGGGAUUUUGUAUUCAAUAAGAGGGAUAUUCACUGUGGGAUAUCUUCUAUGAACGAGGUUGCAGUAAAGCACGAUAUCUAACUAAAGGGAUUUCCUCUUUUUUUUUAAAUAUGUUCACUAUUUGGUCCGCAAACAUUGUUAAACGAUAAGUAUUUACGUUCGAAUCCGUUUCGGAAAUCACUGCGCAAUGUGUAGGUGGAUAUAUUUUUAUAUCGGCUUUAACAAAUACAACCUAAUAUACGAAGCUAGAUGUUAGAUCCUGACACAUCCGUAACUUUUUCGUUAGAGUAAGUAUGCAGCAAGUCGACAAAUUGUUGCUCGUUCCUCUCGAUGAGCAUCAAAUUUUAUUAACUAUAGAACUAAACACGAACGGGAAGGAAGCAGGAAGCCAUAAUGAAUAAGUCACUACCACGUCUCGCAUAGUCGAAAAAACAGUUAAAGAAUGGCCUGA